CAAAAAAAAAAGCAAUGGUAUGACAUAUUUUUAUCCUCACCAGCCUGUGAGUAUUGUGCAUAUUAGUCUUUAUGGUGUGAUCUUGAAUGGCUCUUUCUCUUUCUUAGUAGCAACUCUUGGAUUCUAAUCCACAUAAGCUCGUGAUGCUUUCCUAAAUCCAUCCAAUCUGUUGAGUGUCUAUACUUAACAGCUCUACUCAAUAAAUCUGGGUCAGCAGAAGGUAAAGUCAAGCUACAGUUUCUGUAUGUGAAGAGCAAAUUAACCGCUAUCUAAAAAAAAAACACCUAAGAAUCGUAUUGUUUUAAAAUCAACAUUUAACCCAGUUUAGCAAUAGCCUGGUUUGGAAGCUGGACGAGGGCUUAAAGACGUGAAGAGAGUUGAAGAUUUUACCUAGAAAAUGGAACUGCAGGACCAAAUGAUGAGUGAUUGGAGCCAGUAUUAUCUGCCACCCACAAGUGUGAACCACCGUCUUCUCUUUAGUGAGUUAAAAAGCAGCUGUAUGUGGCCGCAGGGCAGUUCAGAUGCAUACUGCAACAUCUGGACCGAUAGUGAACCAGCAAGAGUGAAGACCUGCAGUAGUCGGUCUUUUGCUAUGGAUGCUAGAAUAAGACUAGACAGUUUGAAAUCUGGGUGCAAUCCACCCUUGCCUUACUGUGCCACCAAAAGGAUGUUGUACAACUAUAACAGUGGAAAAGACCUUUGGGACAGUGAAGAGUCACAGAAAGAAGAGUCUGCUCUGGACCUGGUGGAAAUCCUUGAUAUAGAGGAUGAUGAGCAGGAUGAGGAGAGCUGGCUGUAUGAGUCUCCAAGGAAGCAGUCGUUUGUAGAGAAAAAGGAGUCAGCUCUUAAAUGGUGUCGACAUGUCCUUGAUAACCCCAGCCCUGAGAUUCAAGCUGCAUGUCGUGUACUGAUAAAAAUGCUAGAUCAAGGAUCAGGCUGUCAGCUCUACAGACAUCCUGCAGUUUUCUAUCAUGCUGCCAGUGUCCCUGUGGACUCCUCUGUGGAUACAACAGCUGCCAGCACAGCACCCAGUACCCCUGACAAUUUAGAUCACAGUGAGCCGAGCAUCUCCUUUGAUUCCAUAACAAAGAGCUACAGAUUACAAGAUGUCCACAUUAUGGCCCAACUGCAGGAAGCCAGUUUGAGGCAGGACUAUGUUUCCAUGCCUACCUCCGCUUCACAGAGGAAAAACCCAGAGCCUCCAGUGAUGCUUUCAUCCUCCUUUAACACCACAGAUGAAAAUACUGCUUACGCAACUCCAGGAAAUAAAUCUGAAGCUUCAUCAUCCACGUCAGCAGCUAAGCAGUGCUGCCAAAGUCCCAAACCAUCCAGACUUCACCAACAAGUCACCCAGUUCAAGCUGCUUAAACUUGCGCAGAACCAAGCAGGAUCACCAGGCGGGACGAGGUCGCCCCUGCGCACCAGCCUCCGCUCCCUCCAGGCUGUUAGGAACAGCCGAAGUUUAGAGACCGAUGACUACCAACCUGCUGACCAAAUCACUUACUCAGGUGUAUCAUCUGCCAGGGGCCAGGGGUUAAGUUGCUGGUCGCCAUCAUUUUCUCCCACUUCUUUGAACUCCAGCAGCUUAUUGGAAUCGAUGACAAAUCCAUCAGCACGGACGGCGGCCGUGAAGAAGCUGCACAGGUCUCAGUCUCUCAGCCCCUGCAGGAUCCCUCAGUCUGCUAAAAGAUAUUUCUCUGUUCACGGACGUGUUUUUACCUCACCUGAGAGGCCAACCACCGUAGCUUGGGCCAGAAAUGUGCCAUCCAUUCAGAGAUAAAAGAUUUACCCUGUGAGCCACCCACACCUGGGAUAAAGUAAUGAUUAGGACAUUAAGAAAUCCAUGUAAAUACAAUGUAAUUAUUUUCUUUUAUGGUUAAUAAGCCCCUACAAUCUCAUGGGUGCAUUUAUAUUUUGAAAGAAUGUGUCUGUAUUAAAAUCCUUUAUGAUAAGUUGCUCAGGGCAAAGAUAUUGAAUCUAUGAGUAUGACGUUUUGGUUACAUGUGCUGGGAUCUGGUUCACCUUCCUCUGUGAAAGCUUCUUGGUAAGAAUGUGCUACAGGCAAGCACAACUUAAAAGAAUUAUGGAGAUCUGUGUUUUACCAAGUGCUGUGUUUUAAAUCAUGUGAAUUAUUGUAGAAAUUUAGUGUUAAAGUCACAGGAAUGUAGAAAAGUUCAAGAGCACUGAUAUGCUGAUAAAUUCAUCCAUAUGAGACAUUGUUGAAAUAUUGAAAGUGUUGCAUUAUCAGUGGUUUUGCAAAUAUGCUACAGUUCAUGUGCACAAACUAAGUUUCACGCAUAGAUCAUUGAUUUGAUUAUAGAAGUGCAUUCAAACUUCACUGUGGUCGAUUACAGAAUGAGCUGCUUUUUGCAGAGCUGUUGCAAUAGGAAGUGUGUCGAAUGUCAUCAUCAUGUAAGAGACGUUAAAUGGGUAUCUUUACGUAACAGAUAGCAUCAUUACCAGGAAACAGAGGUGUGGGUUUGGUGCAGCUUCUUCCUAAAAGUUUUUCAUUGUACUUCAGAAGCCACACUUUGCUGUUUUUGUAAUGUUGAAUAUGAUUUGUUUCAACCCAAUCAACACUUUUCUCCUAGACUUUUAAAAACUACUUGAAUUAUUAAAGACCAGCUUGUGCUUGGCAUGUUAAUUAU